AUGGGCGGCAGCAAACCACUCAAAGAAUCCGCGCUUAAAUCCAAUCCAACGGCCCUGGGCGACCCGGUCUCCCUCAAGGCCGAGAAAUCAGAGACCUCGCCCGUGCAGGAGGAUAAAGGCGCAAGCAACCCAUGCCGGAGACCGAACAAGACCCUCAAGGAGCGCGCAGAGCAGGACCUAAGCGAGGCGAAGAAAGGCAAUCGCUCGAUGCUAGGCGACCCUGUGAGUUUAAAGGCUGAGAAGACGGAGAGCGAUCCUGCCAGCGAUUCAGAGGAGAAUGAGGACGGGACGGGGAGGAGCACCAGUGGUGGGAGGAAAGCGAGAGACAGGGAUUCGAAGUUAUGA